AUGCAAUCUGAUACGUUGACUGUACAAACUGUACCAAAUACAACGAAUGUAACGAAUACUGAGCAUUCAAUGUUAGCAAAAAUUGAAGAAAAUAGACAUAUUAUUCAAACUAUAUGGGAAAAACAAAAUUUAGGUAAAUUAACAGAAUGUGAACAAUUUCAAAAAAGAUUACAUAGUAAUCUUUUAUUAUUAGCUCCAUUAGCUGAUCACCAACAAAAUUAUCAUAAACAACAACAAGCAUUACUACAGCAACAACAGCAACAACAACAAGCAUUACUACAACAACAGCAACAAUCACCAGUUACAAAUGUAGCAACCAAUACACCACCAACUUUACAACACUCAAUUUCAUCACCAUCACCAAAUAAUUUUAACAAUAAUAAUAAUGCAAAUAAUCAAUUCCUUUCACCUAAUAGUCCUCAAGUUGCAAAAUCAUCACCUUCUCAAAACAAUCCAUCAACACCAAUUGCCAAUACUCCAACAACAACAACAACAACAGCCGCAACAACAGCCACAAACACUAAUACGAUGAUGAGUGGAAGUAGUGGCGGAGUGGUAUCACCAGUUUCAAAUCAGCAACAACAACAAUCGAUUCAGUCACCAUCACAACAAUCAGUUGUACAAAGAUCACCAUCACAAUCAUUAAAUUCAUCAGCAUCGUCAAUUCAAAGUUUACAAAAUAUUCAAAAUACUCAAAAUACAAUUCAACAAUUAACAAACUCUCUAACACAAGUUAAAACUAUAAUUCAACAAUAUCAAUCACAAAAUCAACAAGUACCACAAGAUGUAAUCUCUAGAUAUCAUGAAUUCUAUUCAAUGUUGCAACAACAACAACAAAACCUAUUACAACAACAAUCUUUAUUACAACAGCAACAAGCUUUAUUACAACAACAACAAGUUGGAAACCCAAUGCAACAAAGUAAUGAUAUGCAACCACAAACACCACAACAAAAUAAUAUGCAACAACAACAACAACCACAAACACCACAACAAACAAAUAUGCAACAACCUCAAACUCCACAACAAAAUAGUAUGCAACCAUCUCAACAACCAAUUACUCAACAAGAAUAUCAACAAAUUUAUGAUAAAAUAGUAUCAAUGAGUUCACAGAUAUUAUUGUGUAAUCAAAAUAUACAAAAAUUACAAAGUGAAUCCUAUGAUCCACACGUUUUACAAGGAUUACAAAAUCAAGUUGCAAAUUUAGAGAUUGCUCAAGCAAAUAGUCUUAGAUUCUUACCUCAACAAUAUCAUGUCGUACUAUUCCAACAACAACAGCAACAACAAGCCAAUCAACAACAAUUACAAUUAAUGCAAAUUAAACAAUCAAAGGAAUAUAUGGUUUUAACACCUGCUCAACAAUUAAUUUAUAAUCAACAAAUUCAACAAAAUCAUUACAAUCAACAAGUUAUACUGAGACAACAACAACAAAAAUUAAUGGCAAUAUUGGAACAACAAAAUCAAAUGAUAGCACAACAACAACAACAACAACAUCAAAUGCAUCAACAACAUCAAAUGCAACCACAGCAACAACAACAACAACAUCAAAUGCAUCAACAAUCACCACAACAACCACAACAAAUGGGAAUGGGAGGUAACCCACCAUCACUUGAAAUGAUAUCACCAAUGUCUGCUGUAAUGAAUGGUGUAACUAGUCCAAUGAAUCAAGGGAUGAUGAGUAGUAAUAAUGGUAUGCCAACAAUAACAACAUCAUUAUCUGCAAUUUCUCCAACCUCACCAAUUGGUACAAAUUUAAAUAUGUCCAAUCCAACUACAACCACAGUAGCAAAUGUCACCACCACCGCAGCCACUACCACCACUGCUUCAUCAUCUGGUAAAGAGGAGAAAGAAAAGAAAAAAGAUAAAAAAGAUAAAGAUAAAGAUAAGGAUAAGGAUGAUGAUGAUAAAGAAUCUAAAAAAGAUAAAAAAGAUAAGAAGGAUAAAAAAGCAAGUAAAGAGAAAACUUCGCAUUGGACAUCCGAAGAACAUAAUAAAUUUUUAGAAGCAGUUCAACAAUUUGGUAUUAAAGAUUACCAUGCCAUAGCUAAAUUUGUUCAAACUAGAAAUCAUCAUCAAGUUAGAACUCAUGUAAAUACUUAUUUAAAAAAUCAAAAGAAAGCUGAAGCUGCAACAUCUUCAACUCAAGUUAGUACUCCACAACAACAAUUACCAAUAGUUGGUACUCCACAACAAUCUGUUGGUACUCCACAACAACAACAACCACCAAUUGAACAAACACCACCACCACCACAACAACAACAACAACCACCACAAUUAACACCAGAACAACAAUUAGCUUCACAACAACAACAAGCAACAUUACAAUUUCAACAAUAUCAACAACCACAAGAUCAACAACAGCAACAAUAUCAACAAUAUCAACAAUAUGAUCCUCAACAACAACAACAACAACCACAACAACAACCUCCACCACCACAAACCACUCCCCCAAAUAAUGAAAAUAAUAAUAAUAUUAAUAAUAAUUUAGAAAACACUAAUAAUAACGAUAAUGGUAACAAUAAUAAUAAUGAAUAUAAUAGUGGAUUUGAUUCAAAUAGUGGGUUGAAUGACGAGAUGGGAAUAGGAUUAUUUGGAUCACCUGGUAAUAAUAGCAAUAAUAAUUUAGGAAUUUCCAUUGAAGGUAAUAAUUUUGAUGACAAUCCAUCAAUCUCUUCCCCAGGUGUAUAA